AUGAAAGCCAUAUUGGGCGUAUGGCUUCUACUCGCCGCUUCGAUUGUUGCGGUUUUCCUCGCGAUUUUCUCGAUUUUUGACGAUAUUGCUCAAUUUUCCGAGCGGGCGAGACUCGAUUUGCAGCAUUUUGAAAAAUAUUCGAAUGAAGCUUGGAAGCUGCUUGCGAAUCGUACACGCGCCAAGCGAGCUGUCUACCGUAUCCGUCUGCCGAAGUACGCGCCAGUCCCACAAUACUACAGCCAUCAACCGGUUGGCUAUCUGGUUCCAGAGGUCGCCGGGGCGCCUGUCGAGUGUCCUCGUGGAGCUCCAGGCCGACAGGGCCAUCCGGGCUCCGACGGACUUGAUGGUGACAAUGGGCUGCCGGGAAGUCCGGGAGCACCGGGCGUCAGCCUCGUGGUCCGUCUCCCUAACAACGGCUGCAUAAGGUGUCCAAUGGGUCCGAUUGGUGUGCCGGGACCCGAGGGACCUUCGGGAUACCCCGGCGAUGACGGGCUUCCGGGACAGAGCGGCCGACGGGGACUUGAUGGUCCGCCGGGUCCAACAGGACCAGCGGGAGAUGUGGGAACCUCUGGCGAACAGGGAGCCACCGGACCUCCCGGCCAUCCAGGACGAGACGGAACUCGCUAUUCAAACGCACAGGGUCUCAAGGGUAGUCCAGGGCAUCCGGGACCAGCUGGACGUCCAGGAGAGGAUGGCGGGUAUGCUAGCGCAGGAGAACCUGGACCACCAGGUCCGCAAGGAAAACCUGGAAACAAAGGACAUCCGGGAAUGGAUGGACGACCAGGAAGACCUGGAGGUCCUGGCGAACCCGGAAAAGACGAUGGCUACUGUCCGUGUCCAGAACGGGAAAAAGUGUCCAGCAAGCACACCCCGUACAGACGGCGCAAAAUUCGCGUCAAUUAA